AUGCCGGUGAUGAAGGGGCUGCUGGCGCCGCAGAACACCUUCCUGGACACCAUCGCCACCCGCUUCGAUGGCACACACAGCAACUUCAUCCUGGCCAACGCACAGGGCCGCUGCGGCUUCCCCAUCGUCUACUGCUCUGAUGGCUUCUGCGACCUCACCGGCUUUGCCCGCACUGAGGUCAUGCAGAAGAACUGCAGCUGCCGCUUCCUCUGCGGGGCUGAGACCAGCGAGCCCAUCCUGCAGAGCAUCGAGAAGGCACUGGACAGCAGGCAGGAGUAUCAGACUGAGGUCUGCUUCUACAAGAAGAGCGGAGCUGCCUUCUGGUGCCUGCUGGACAUCAUGCCCAUCAAGAAUGAGAAGGGAGAGGUGGUGCUCUUUCUCUUCUCCUUCAAGGACAUCACAGAGAGCCGAGGCAGGAGCUGCCCUGGUGACAAGAAGGAGAAGCAGAGGAGUGAGAAGCAGAAGAGCAAGAAGCCCGGGAACUCACACCUGAGGGCUGCACGGAGGCAGGGCCGGACCAUGCUGCACCAGCUCAGCAGCCAGUUUGUCCGGAGGGACCGUGGCGAGAUGAAAAUCAACCGUAACGUGUUUGAGAACAAGCCGUCCAUCCCUGAGUACAAGGUGGCCUCGGUACAGAAGUCCCGCUUCAUCCUGCUCCACUACAGCAUCUUCAAGGCACUCUGGGACUGGUUGAUCCUGCUGGCCACCUUCUACGUGGCUAUCACCGUCCCCUACAAUGUCUGCUUCACGGGCACGGACGACAGUCUCUCAGCUGCCCGCAGCACCAUCGUCAGCGACAUCGCCGUAGAGAUGCUCUUCAUCCUGGAUAUCAUCCUGAACUUCCGGACAACGUACGUGAGCCAGUCGGGCCAGGUUGUGUACGACCCUCGCUCCAUCUGCAUCCACUACGUGGCCACCUGGUUCUUCGUGGAUCUGAUCGCUGCUCUGCCCUUCGAUCUGCUCUACAUCUUCAAUGUGACCGUGACCUCACUGGUUCACCUGCUGAAGACGGUGCGGCUGCUGCGGCUGCUGCGGCUGCUGCAGAAGCUGGACCGGUACUCGCAGUACAGCGCCAUGGUGCUCACGCUGCUCAUGUCCAUGUUUGCGCUGCUGGCGCACUGGAUGGCCUGCAUCUGGUACGUCAUCGGCCGCAAGGAGCUGGAGAGCAACGACCCCCGCACCUGGGACAUCGGCUGGCUGCACGAGCUGGGCAAGAGGCUGGAGGCUCCCUACAUCAACAAUUCGGUGGGGGGCCCCUCCAUCCGCAGCGCCUACAUCGCCUCCCUCUACUUCACCCUCAGCAGCCUGACCAGCGUGGGCUUCGGCAACGUCUGCGCCAACACCGACACCGAGAAGAUCUUCUCCAUCUGCACCAUGCUCAUUGGGGCGCUGAUGCACGCCGUGGUCUUUGGCAAUGUCACGGCCAUCAUCCAGCGCAUGUACUCCCGCCGCUCGCUCUACCACACCCGCAUGAAGGACCUCAAGGACUUCAUCCGCGUCCAUCACCUGCCCCAGCAGCUCAAGCAGAGGAUGCUGGAGUACUUCCAGACCACCUGGUCGGUGAACAACGGCAUUGAUGCUAAUGAGCUGUUACACGACUUCCCCGAUGAGCUGCGUGCGGACGUGGCCAUGCACCUCAACAAGGACAUCCUGCAGCUGCCCAUCUUCGAGACGGCCAGCCGGGGCUGCCUUCGCUCCCUCUCGCUCCACAUCAAGACCUCAUUCUGUGCCCCUGGGGAGUAUCUGCUGCGCCAGGGAGACGCGUUGCAGGCCAACUACUUUGUCUGCUCCGGCUCCCUCGAGGUGCUGAAGGACAACGUGGUCCUGGCCAUCCUGGGCAAAGGGGAUCUGAUUGGAGCCGACCUGUGCAGCACGGACCAGGUGAUCAAGACCAAUGCAGACGUGAAGGCGCUGACCUACUGCGACCUUCAGCACAUUGGGCUGCGUGGGCUCUGUGAAGUGCUACAGCUCUAUCCUGAGUACGCCAGCAAGUUCACAGCUGACAUCCACCAGGACCUGACCUUCAACCUGCGGGAGGGCAGCGAGAUGGAGGGGCUCUGCCGCUACUCCCGGUCCCCGAGGCUGUCGCAGCCUCGUCCGGAGAGCGGUGCUGCCCCGGAGAAGCCCCUUCCCUCCAUUGUGGAGGAUGAGGAGGAGCCCGACGAGGUUUUCCAGCAGUCCCCUGCCGGCACCUCCCGCCGCAAGCUGCUGCUACCGGCGCUGAGCAGCUCAGGGCGCCGUGGUUCCCUGAGCAGCCUCCUGGGCGACGAGCUGUGCCCGGCCUCGGCCCUGCGGCACAACUGCCGCUCCCCAGCCCGUGGCAGCCGCGGCCGCAGCCCCUCACCGCAGUGCCGGAGGGACACCCGGCUCCCGGAGCGGGAUGGUGGCGUCGGCAGGAGGCCGGCCAAGCUGCUCAUCCCCUCCCUGCACACUUGCGGCCCGCCCGACCUCAGUCCCAGAGUCGUGGAUGGGAUUGAAGACAACGGAGGGACUUCAGAGUCACAAACCUUCUGCUUCAACAUGGACCCAGCGCCGAGUGCGGCAAGGGACUCCCCCACCUCAGACGGCCCAGCCCUGGUGAUGGAGGCAGAGGAGAUAAAGCAGAACAUCAGCAGGCUCAACCAGGAGAUCAACCACCUCAACCAGGAGGUUUCGCACCUCAGCCGGGAGCUGCAGAGCAUGAUGGAGCUGCUCAAGGGUCACCUGGGCGCCCCGCAGCCCCCGCCCUGUCCCUGCCGCCUGCCUGCGACCGUCUCGCCGCCCGCUACCCCGGUGCCCCCCUCGCCCCCGGUUCUCCCCAGUUCCCUCAGCUCCCCCACCGCCAGCCCCCGGGCCAAACGCUGCCCCGUCCGCAGCCGCUCUGCCCACGCCGCUGCCCUGUACGCCUGGGUGGGCGCCGAGGGGCCGCGCCCGCCGCGGGGGGACACCCCCGGCCCCGACCCUCGCCGGGGCUCGGACUCGCAGCCGGCCUCGCUGCCGCCUCGCUGCGCCCGUUCCUUCCCCGGCUGCUCGGCCGGGGCUUGGCCUGGCACCCGCCUGCAGCCGCGAUCCGGCUCCACCAUCUCCCACUGA